GCAGAGCUAGCAAACCACUCUCUGGCUUCUCCACCAACUCCCAACUCCCAAGUCCCUGCACCGCAGCUCUUCACAGGCAGAGCAAGUAAACUGCUCCACAGUUAGAAGCCCGGGAAAUCAGGCUUCAAUGGCUUGCCCCUAUAUAUUCAUGAUUAAUCAAAGCCAGAGCGCUCCAACGCAGCAGAAUUCAGCAGCAUUCACCAUCUCAGCAGUCAGCUCACCCGAUCAAUCAGAAAAACACUUCCGGGAUUACGGGACGCAACCAUGGCGCGCCACCUCGCGCUGCACCUACACGCGAUCGCCGCGGCGGCGUCCGGCGGCGGCCACCACCCCGGCGCCACGGCGGUGGCGGCGUUCCUGGCGGUGUGCGCGCUGGCGCUGGCGCUGUGCGCGUCGCACUCGGCGCCCGGCGCGGCGCGGCUGCGGCGCGCGCUGGCGAGCGUGAGCCGGCGGCGCACGGAGCCCGUGAUCGCGGCCGUGCACCAGGUGCAGCCCGGCGACGGCGAGGCGUCGCCGUGCGUCUGGCAGAAGGGCAUCCUCAUGGGCGGCAAGUGCCAGCUCCCGGACUUCUCCGGCGUCAUCAACUACGACCCCGCCGGCAACCUCGUCGCGCCCGCCCGCCCCGGCCGCGCCGUGCCGGCGGCGCUCGGCUGGUGAGGAGCAGAGGGAGGCGGCCAACGUGAGACGCGACGGCGCCUGUACACACGUGUCGUGAAAUUCGUGUGCUCCGUUUUCUUUAUAUAUGGACGUUCCUCAUAAUCUGUC